CGCUAAGACGGUGACUGAGUUUGCUUCGUCAUCCGUCAUCGGCAGACGAAAUACCAAGCUAUUUUUACACAGAAUUUCCGAACCUUUCAAGGAUCGAAAGCAUUCUAAUCUCGUACCGUAUGCGAUCAACCAUAGACAUCAAAAUUAUACAKAAGUACAGUAGAUCAGAGAAGCCACUGAGAAAGUCGGAACCAGAAAGAUGACGAAAUUUCAGAGACGAGGCCUUGGUUUCCUCUUGUUCCAGGUUGCCCUGCUGGUUCUGCAACCGAACCUGACUCUGUCGUUUCGAACGUCGGGGCCCAUUAGCACCCGUCAUUCUUUGCACUCGGCAUCACCGUUGACAUCAGCAUCUAGGGCCAAUUUCGUGCUACCAACCGAAAAGCCGGUGGAUGGAAGGCGCAACACUGACUCUCGGUUGAGCAUGGAUAUUGUAGGCGUGUCGCCCGAACCAAUCCAUACCGCAUUUUCCUUCGCAACAUUUGGGCCUCAACCGUUUUGGCUCCUCAUGAUCUUGCUUCCAAACAAUCAGUUGACAAAAAAGAUUAUGGGAAGGUUAGGUAAGAGAACGUUCACUUUGGAAACCCUCAGAGCUGCUGUUUCCUUUACAUUUUCGGCCUUCCGUGCGUGGAAUUGAUUUUCUAAUUAGGGCCAACCGGUCAAUUCGAUUCAUUGGUUUCCAAAUUUCUUCUCUUCUUUCGUCAUAAUUGCAGACCUUGUCAUUUUCUUUUGCUUGGUUCACUUUUUUAUUGUAUCAGCCUCGAUCGUCCAACCUGGUGCGACGGCGCCUCUUUUGGAGUUCAAUGACGUCUUUGACCCCGCGAAGGAUUCGCAAGCUGCUUUUAUGAACAUGGUCACCAACUAUCCGAAUUUUGUUGCAGAAGAAUGGCCCCAUGUCUUAACGUGGGAUUUGUUUGUGGGGCGAUACAUCUGGUUGGAUGGAUUGAAGCGCGGUGAGUGGCUUUCCAGGGUUUCCGUCGUCUUUGGACGAAUGCGAUGAAUCAAUGGAUCUCUUCCAUUCAUUGUUCUUUUUCAAUUCGAAGUCAUUUUCUGGCAUGSUGGACAUUUCAGAUUCCUAACCCACCUCUCUGUUCUCUUUCCCACCCAAACAGGUAUCUUCACAUCACACUCGGUCUUGUUUGCGAACUUGAUUGGACCUCCUGGUCUUUUGUUGCACUGGGUGACUUGUCUUGUGACAGGGAAAGGAUUUGGCGAUYUGAACGAAGCACUCGAGGAGGAAUAAAUUUUAAAGGACAAUUUCAAACUGAAGCUCGAUAUAAUAAGCGAUCAAUUUGUAA